AUGAACCCCGACGACGUUACCUCGACCAAUUCACAACCCGUGCCCGCAGACGAGGGGGACACCAUGAACGAGGAGCAUCCCAGGCACGCCGAGUUCAGGGAGCGCUAUACAAAGACCGAAGCUCGCAUCGCCGCCCUGCUCGGAGACGCGCCAGACUUCUCGUUCGGCGCCCGCGCCGAUGACGAUGACGAUGCGCCCGCCGCCGAGGGCCCACGUGCGGAGCCGCAACCGCAACCCGUCGCGCCCAAGAAGCCCGCACGGACAAUUGAUGAGGAUGACUACGGUGACGACGACGACGAUGACGACCCCGACGACCUGCCUGCCGUCGAAUCACCCUUACAAACAAAGAGCACGUCCGGCCCCAUUGGCGUCAACAUGAAGAUGCCAUCCACCCCCGCCAAACCGACCAUCGACCGAACCGUGUCCAACUCCUCCACAGAACAAGCGAAAAACGCAGAAGACGUGCGCAAGGAAUUAAAUGAAGCCAAGAAAGCUGCAGAAGACGAGGCGCGCAGGAGCUUUCAUACCCUCUUCUAUACUCUGGAGACUGAUCGGGAUGCUAUGCUGGAGCAGCAGAAGCUGGACGAGCUGGACCGUCAGGUGGAAACGGAAAUGUCCGGCCAGGCUACAAGCAAUGCGACCAGUGCAGCCAGUGCUGCUAAGCAGCAAGGUUCCCUAAGUAGCGCUAAUCUCGGAUCCUCAAGCCUCACCUUCAAACACCUCAUCUCCCGUAUCGAUGCGAAGCGGAAUCUUGUCAAGGCGUCUGAUGCGCAACUGCGCAGCCUCAUGAGCGACGUGCGCAAGAACAGGAGCAAGUGGGCUAGUGAGGACAAGAUCGGCCAAGAAGAGCUGUAUGAAGCUGCAGAAAAAGUGCUCAUGGAGCUCAAAGCCAUGACCGAGCAUGCCGCGCCCUUCUUGCAGCGCGUCAACAAGCGCGAUGCGCCAGACUAUUACCAAGUCAUCAAACAGCCUAUGGACAUCGGAACGAUGAUCAAGAAGCUCAAGUCGUUAGUGUAUAAGUCCAAAAAAGAAUUCGUGGACGACUUGAAUCUUAUUUGGUCCAACUGCCUUAAAUACAAUGCUGACCCAGCGCACUUUCUCCGCAAGAAAGCGCUCUAUAUGAGGAAAGAGACAGAAAAGCUUGUUCCCCUUAUUCCUGACAUCACCGUGCGCGAUCGCGCUGAAGUUGAGGCAGAGGAGAGGCGCCUACAGAGCAUCGACGCGGACCUUGAGGGUGUGGAGGACAGUGACGAUGAGGAACCCAUCAUGGCUUCGAGGGGUCGCAAAGCUCCCAGCAAAGGCAACAAGGGCUCUACUGCUGCUAGAAAAGCUCCUUCAGCUGGUCCUGAAGGUACACCAGGAGCCGAGAGCAAGCCAGGUGCUGGUGCAACAUUAAACCCAAGGACAGAGUUUUUACGUGCAGAUUCUGAAGCUCAGCUCGAACAAAACGGUUUCGUGACUCCUCCGCCGGGUACACUUACUCCGCUUGGACCCAAUGGUGCAAUGAGCGGCGCCGCGGCAAGCCAGGCCGAUGCAUCUGAUAUCGAUACCGGGAGCUCCACCGUCGGCACCGGACAAGGUGAAGACCCAGAUCUAGACGAUGCCGAAUACAAGACGUGGAAACAGGUCACCAAAAAAGACAGAGCCUUGGUUGCCACUGAGCGGCAUCGUCUCUUCCGUGGAGAUCACCUCAAUGUCGAGGAACCCGCACUCUGUCGUACCAAAGCUGGCAUGCGCCGUUGGAUGCGCCAGCACAAGACUGCGCUUGAUGAAACAUCGCCUAAUGAAGCGGCUGCCACCGCUGAUGGCAAAGAUGACGAGCAGCCAGCCACGGGAGAAACGCUUGCUGAGGGCAUUGAGGGCGAAGAGGAAGAACGCCAGGUGCCUGAUUACUACGACUCUCUCUCCCAUGUUCCUGAGCUGAACGAUCGGCUGAAAUGGGUAGAGGAUGCGGAAGGUCAGGUCAUCCAACAAGGCGAAGAGUUCCUGCGCAUGGUUCCUAAAGGCUACUUUAUCUCUCCCAAGAGCAACCUCGCGACAAAGAUGGAAGCAAACAUGAAGCAGAUGCAGGAUACCCGCAAGAUAUGUGCUAAAAUCGGCAUCGUCAAGCAAAUGCAGCUUCAAUCACAGAUGUAUCAAAAUCAGUUCCAGAAAUAUGAUCCACUGCCAUUCGAGGAAGCAGAUGUUGAGAGUGUCGUGGUAUCCGACGAAGGCGCGAUCAUGUCUCAGUCGACGUGCCGGGCUGCCCUCCAACGCAGCGUGGGCAAGAUCUUCUACCACGCUGGUUUUGAGGAGUUUCAGCCUUCGGCCUUGGAUGCCGUGACGGACCUUGCUAGCAACUUCUUCACCCAGCUUACUCGGACUUUUAACGUCUACAGGGAGGCGCCUAAAGUCCAAGCAGACCCGGUAACAGCCAUAACCAGUGGGUCUGAUUGGAAGCCUCGGUUCACGAGCGAGGAGACCGUAUUGCAUUGCCUGCGCCAGAACGGCGUCGACUUGGAGUCGCUCGAUGGUUAUGUCAAGGAGGACGUUGAGAGGCUCGGCACCAAAUUGGGAGUGAUGCACGAGCGCAUGAAAUCUCACCUGGCAGAUCUUCUUCGGCCCGCACUCGACCCCAAUGCAGGCCCGGAUGGCGCCGGUGCUUUCAACGACGACAGCGAGCAAUUCACAUCCGGCGACUUUGCGGACGAGAUUGGCGAAGAUUUCUUCGGCUUCCGCGAACUUGGCCUCGACAAGGAACUCGCUUCCUUUGCCGUGCCCUUCCACCUUCUCCAGAACCGCAUCAACAACGCCUACCAGGCGCAGAACGCCAAUGCCGCUGCUGCCGCGGGAAACCUUUGGGAAGAGCCUCCGCCGUACGAACCUGUUACCAUCCACACCGUGCGCAGCGAAAUUGGAUUGGUCCAAGGUUGGUUUCUUGAGAAGUUGCAUGCGAAUGGCGAUGAGCCUCUCGUCGAAGAUGAGAACCUCCCGGCCAAGCAGCGCUUCCCCAAACCGCGCCUUCCGCCUACAGGCAAGAUUAGCAGCCCACGCAAGAGGCCAUUGCGCGAGCAGCAGAUGCUGGCGAAGAAGAAGCGCAAGCUGGAGGAGAACCACGGCAGUCAAGACCAGAGCUCGACCCAGAACGCGGCCAGAGGCAUCGCAAAGCCGGUGGGCAAAUUGAAACUGGAGCCAUCGGUGAGUAAAGAAAACCUGGCAGAGCCGGAGAAGGAUGAUAUGCCGGUGGGUAUGAUGAGUCCGGAAAGUAUCAACGGGGCGGCCUGA